AUGUCAUAUAGUAAUGGUAGUAGUAAUAGAGUGACUACUGGUAGUUCACCGCAGAUAACAUCACCGGCCGCACAGACGAUGGUAUCCUCAAUGUCACAUUUAGAACUUAAUGAUGCGGCAUCAGAUCGAUUCGACUCGAUAACAGCAACACCUUCACAUGGUGGCACCAGCUCAGUAUUAUCGCCACAAUCCGUUAUGUUGUCACCGCCAACAGAUGGUGCCUCACCAACAAUAGGAUCAAUGCUGCGCUACUCCUCUGCCUUGAGCCAUUCAUCAAUCUCAGGCCUCAUACUCAGCGACAAUGAUGACGAUGACAAUAACAGUGAGUUGGGCGAUCUUGAGAUCACCAUUGGUGAAGACCUAACAUCAUGUGACAUCGAGCCUGACCUGCUCGAGAACCUAGAGGAGAUGCUAAGUCAUUAUGCACCGACCGAGACAGUCAUAGCCAAGGCCUUCAAGAAGGGCAUCGAUAUUACAGGCUAUUCAGACGAGGUCAGACGAACACUAGACCUCUACGACGAACAGAUGAGGACAUUAUACAAGGAUGCUGUACCAGAUUAUGUAAACGAGAGAGAAUCAUUCACUCAGAUGUACACUACAUUGAAGGAGAGCAAUGCUCUGUUGACAGGAUUCGAGGACAUGUUGUUGGGCUUCCAGAAUGAGUUGACCAGUAUCUCAACAGAGAUGCGUGAGCUCCAAGAGAAAUCAAUCAACAAGAGUCAACGUUGUACAAAUAGGAAGAAGGUCGUUGAGAAGUUGAACAAGCUCAUCGAUGAACUAUCAAUCUCAGAUGAUGUAAUACAUCUACUAUCUGUUGGCGAAGUCAAUGAUCAGUACAUGCAGUAUCUGUCGAUAUUCAGUACAAAGAUAGGACAUAUACAAUCACAAAAGAUGAAUGAGGUGGCAGCAACAACUGAUGUAGAGGCCAGUCUGUUGAAGCUGAUACAGACGGUGGUGGAGAAGGUGUAUAGGUUCUUCAUCAAUCAGUUCAAUUCGAUCAAGACCUUUGCCACCUUGCAGUCCAAGCAGCAGGAGUUCACGCUCUAUCGUCAGGCAUUCAUAUUUCUCUAUCGACACACCAAGAAGUUUGCCAGACAACUGCUGGAGCAGUACAAAGACACUGUGGAGAAGAUAUACACUGGCUACUUCAAGAACUAUGUCACCUUCCUGGAGAAGCUCCAAUUCGAUCAGACCUCCAAGAAUGACCUGUUGGGAACACCAGACAACAAGGGCAAGGGAUUCUUUAGCAGUAUGAGUAGCAAGGUCAAGAUCAAGUCGAGCAUAUUCACAGUGGACACGAGAUAUCAGAUAUUGAAUGAGAUUGAGGAGGCACCAAUCAAGCCCCAGUCACUCAGUUCAAGUAGCUCGACCACUACUCAGGCCAAUCAGAUGAAGUACUCAUACGAGAUCAUCUUCCGAUCGAUGCUAUUCUUCAUUCGCGACCUUGUAACAUUCGAGAACAUGUUCAUCAAUGAUCUCUUCCUCUCCACAGUCGACUGCUCCACUCAGAUAUUCUCCAAGUGCGAGUCAUACUAUAUGGACAACCUUAACUCAUUCAUAUCAAACACAUACGAUCCAAUAGCAUUGAUGCUAAUCAUUUGUAUCACUCAUAAGCUUCAAUCAAAGUCGGUGGCCAAGUGUGAGAGCUCCGAACGUAUAAUGAACCAGUCAACAUCAAUGGCACUGGCCAGAUUGAGAACAGUGAUGAUGGAGAAUAUCGAGAGUAUUAGGAAUGCAGUGAUCCGUGAUCUUGGACCAAUCGAGGAGAACAGACCACACUACGUCAUUAGACGAUAUGCUGAACUCAUUGGUUCAUUCACCAUGCUAUUCAAUCACAUUCCCACCGAUAUACAUUGUACUAUUCGCGAAUUCCUCGACAUGCUACGCGCUGUAAUCUCCAAUCUCCUGAUCAAACUGUCUGGCGAGUUCAAGGAGAAGACCAGCAAGAGUAUAUUCCUCAUCAACAACUAUGAUCUAAUAUUGGCAAUCCUAUCCGAGAAAGAGAACCCGAUUGUGGACGACAAGGAUUACUUCACUUUGAUGUACAAUCAAGAGUCAGAGGUGUUUGCGACUGAACAGUUGAUGUCAUAUCCUUACAUUCGCAGAAUGAUUGUAUUUGUCAAGGAGUUGCUGCCUUUGAUCAAUAUGUACACGGUGGUGGAGAUCAAUCACCCGGACCUCAACAAGGAGACACAAGAGGCCAUACUCAAGGACUUUUACAGCAACUGGCGAACAGGUAUCGAGGAGAUGAACGUCAUUGUCACACAGUUAUUUCCCAACUUUAAGAACGGCACCAAGAUCUUCCAGAUCAUCCUGGACCGUCUGUUCAACAGUUACAAGAGCUUUGGUCACAUCGUCAUCAAGUCAUUCAAACAACUUAAGAGCUCACAGUACUUUAUCCCAGAGACAGAGAUGUCUUACGAGAUUAAGAAGUACUAUGUAUCAUUCGAUUGA